GAUUAAUCCAAGCAAGCGAAGCUAGCGAUCGCAAGAGAUAGAGAGUUCAAAAGCAACUAUAACCUGCUAUCCGUUAAAAAUGGCGGGAAAGAUCAAGACGGUGGUGGUAGUGGUGCAGGAGAACCGAUCCUUCGACCACAUGCUCGGCUGGAUGAAAUCCCUCAACCCGGACAUCGACGGUGUCACCGGCGCCGAGACCAACCGCGUCGUCGUCGCCGACCCUUCCUCCAAGACCGUCACCUUCGCCGACCGAGCUGAGUACGUGGACCCGGACCCGGGACACUCUGCGCAGGCUAUCUACGAGCAGGUCUACGGCACGCCCUUCGUCGACAACCAGACCACGCCGAUGACCCGGCCUGACGUCCCCUCGCCGCCGAUGAGCGGCUUCGCGCAGCAGGCCGAGAAGGAGAAGCCGGGCAUGGCGGAGACCGUCAUGAACGGGUUCAGGCCGGACGCCGUGCCGGUGUACCGCGAGCUGGCGGAGUUCGCCGUGUGCGACCGCUGGUUCGCGUCCAACCCGGCGUCCACGCAGCCCAACCGGCUGUUCGUGCACUCGGCCACGUCGCACGGUCUGGUCAGCAAUGACACCAAGACGCUGGUCGCCGGCUUGCCGCAGACCACCAUCUUCGACUCACUCCACGACGCCGGCUACUCCUUCGGAGUCUACUACCAGUACCCACCGGCGGUGCUCUUAUACCGGAACCUCCGCCAGCUCAAGUACGUCGGCAACUUCCACCCGUUCGACCUCGAGUUCCGGCGCCAUUGCCGGGAGGGCAAGCUGCCCAACUACGUGGUCAUUGAGCAGCGCUACUUCGACCUCAAGAUCCUCCCCGGCAACGACGACCACCCGUCGCACGACGUGUCCGAGGGGCAGAGGUUCGUGAAGGAGGUUUACGAGGCGCUGCGAUCGGGGCCGCAGUGGGAAGAGAUGCUCCUCGUCGUCACCUACGACGAGCACGGCGGCUUCUACGACCACGUCCCCACCCCCGCCGUGGGCGUCCCCAGCCCCGACGGCAUCGUCAGCGCCGCGCCAUUCUUCUUCAACUUCGACCGCCUCGGUGUCCGCGUGCCGGCGUUCUUCAUCUCCCCCUGGAUCGAGCCUGGGACGGUGGUGCACAGGCCGUCGGGGCCGCAGCCGACGUCGCAGUUCGAGCACUCCUCCAUCCCAGCCACCGUGAAGAAAAUCUUCAACCUCCCGAGCUUCCUGACCAAGCGCGACGCGUGGGCCGGCACGUUCGACACCGUCCUCACGCGCGACACGCCGCGCACGGACUGCCCCGCCACGCUGCCGGAGGCGGUAAAGCUGCGAGCGACGGAGGCGGCAGAGCAGGCGCAGAUCUCUGAGUUCCAGGCGGAGCUGGUGCAGCUCGGCGCGGCGCUCAACGGCGACCACGCCAAGGACGUGUACCCGCACAAGCUGGUGGAAGGCAUGACGGUGAGUGACGCGGCCAAAUACUGCAACGACGCCUUCAGGGCCUUCCUGGACGAGUGCGACCGCUGCAAGAAGUGCGGCAUGGACGGGUCCCACAUCCCCGCCCUGCCACCGACACCGUCGCCGCCGGCGAAGAAGAAGAGUAGCUUCCCUUCCAAGAUGCUGGCUUGCUUUGCGUGUGGCCGUUCGUAGGCGUCGCGCGCGAUUUAGACGCCUCGUUGGAUUGUUUGUUGGAGUUGGACAGUGAUCAGGACUGGUCGGUUGCUUGC